AAAACACCUCUUCAAUCUAAAUUCUUAUAAGUUAAAAGUUUUGAGAGUGCGAUGUAUAGUCAUUACAUUUUUAAUUGAAAUAAAUAUGAAACUCAAAAUAUGGGAAUUACUUGAAUCAGUUUUCAUUUGAAAAUAGUUUAUGAAUAUAAUGUAAGUUGGAUUCCCGGGAAGUAUUCAAAAUUAAAAAUAAACACUAAAUAUGGAUUCAACUUCAAAAACUGAUGAUAUCAAAGAUUCUUUGCCUGUUGAAGUCGCAAAUAAUUUAUUUGCGAAAAUUGUGUAUUUUGCCAGCGGUUCAAUUGGAGAUGACGUAUCAACCAUUCUUAAAAAUAGUAAUGCAGAAUCUACAUGUUUAUUGUCAGAUUCAGUUACACAUUGCAUUGUUGGUGACAAUUUUGUUGAAGAUGAUGUUAGUGCUGCAAGAGAACUGUAUGAUGUGAUAACUGUAGCUCCUGAAUGGAUUCGUAUGUCUGUCAUAUGUAACAGACUUAUGCCAACAAAACCGUUUAAUCCAUUUGAAGAUAACCUUUUUAAAGGUGUUGUGGCAUGUGUCUCACAAAUUAAUGCUUAUGAUUGUAAAACUUUAUGGGCGUUGAUUACCUAUAAUGGAGGCACUUUUAGUCUGACAUUAGAUUUAAAUAAAACCACACAUUUAGUAAUAACUAAACCAUCAGGGAAAAAAUAUGAUGUUGCGCUAUCUCAAGCUUCUGAGAAGAUCAAAAUUGUUACUCCUGACUGGAUAAUUGAUAGUUUGAAAAAAAGAGAAUUAUGUCCUGAGAAUAUCUAUCACCCUAGACUGCUUGUUAGGCCUAUGUUACCAGUCACUUCGAAUAAUCCACCACAUAAAGUACAAACAAGCGGUUUGUCAACAAUUACCGGUUUUGCAGAUUUUGAAGCACCUGUUGAACAGCCUGAAGUUGUUGUUACUAAAAACCAAGGAUUAGAACAGUUGAAACAACGCUUACCAUGGAAUCAACCAUCAACUCCUCCAACAUCUCAACCCAUUCAAGUUUCAUCACCUCAAGUAUCUCAGGGAACACAACAACUGAUAAGUGGUACGCAACAAAAACCAACUAUGUCAUUGAUGUCAACACCACAACUUCAACGUCUUUCACAACAGCAAGUUCAACAGUUACAAUUACAACAACAAACCCACGUUAAUAACCAAACAUUGCCACAGCAACAAAUACAUAUUCCUCAACAACAAAAUCAAUUUCCGCAGCAGCAACAAAUACGAGCUCAACAAAUUCAACAAGCAAAGCAAAUUCAAUUACAACAUGGACAACAAUUGCAAUUUCAACCAAAUCAGCAACAACCGCAAAUUCAACAAAACCAUACUCAACUACAACAAACUCAACCACAACAAACUCAUCUACAAUUAAUGCAUAAAGGUCCACAACAACAAAAUCAACAACAUUUACAAGCACAGCAAAAACUUCCACAACUACAGCCUGGCCAGCAACAGAUUACCUUACAACAGCAAACUGUCCAGUUGCAGCAAGGGCAGCAGCAUAUCCAACUACAACAACAACCAAAUGUUCAGCAACUACAAACAGGACAACAUUCAACUCAAAUAUCUCAAUUACAACAACAAAAUGUCCAAAUGCAAUCAGGACAACCUCAACAGGUUCAAAUUCCACAACUUCAACAACAAUCUGUCCAAAUCCAACAAGCUCAGAUGUCUCAGUUACAAAAGCAACAAAUUCCUAAUCAGUUACAGCAACAAUUACAACAAGGUCAACAAAUUCAACAAUUACAAUUUCAAACAGGAAACAACCAAUCUUUACAAUUCCAGCAGCAACAGCAGCAGCAGCAGCAACAGCAACAACAACAACAACAACAACAAGGGGUCCAGAACGCACAAGUUCAUACUCAACAGCAGCAACAACAACAACCACAGUUGCAGAAUGUUCAGUCUUCUCAACCAUCACAAAUAUGUAUAGUAUCCAAUGGUCAACAAAUGCCACCAUCUCAAACACAACAGCAAAUACUUAUACAGCAGCAACAACAACAACAACAACAGCAAAGAUUAUUGUUUCAGCAACGUAUUGUUCAACAAGGUGGUGGGACUGUUUCAACUCAGUGGCGAAUGGCGCCUCCUUCAGCAAAUAUGUCUCGUGUCCAAGUUAAUCAACAACAAACUCAACAAAUUCAACAACAGCAAACUUUAGUUAUUGGACAACAAGCACAACAGCCUGUAAAUAAUAUUAAUGUAGCAAAUACACAACCUACCACUCAGACCCAGUGGGCACAACAGCAAACAUUAACUGUUCAACGAACUAUUCAGCAACCUUUAGAUCAAAGACUUAUUUGGUCACAGCAAUCACCUCAUGGACCCCAACAAAUGAUACACAUGGAUGCUAAAACUCAUCAACAAAUACAAGCUAUGAACCCAGCUGACAGAUUAGUGUUCAUUAAUAAACUAACAAAGCAAAGAAAUAUUGUGCUACAACAAUUCAAUGCACGUCAACAGCAAGUAGCUGGAAUUGGGGGCUCAAAUAUUAGACAAAACACUCCUAAUGGACAAACAACAGUAAUUCGUACUUUAAAUCAUCAGCUUAUAUCUACUUCUGGAAUGACACCGGCUCAACAAGCUCAAUGGAAUCAGAUGCGACAGCAGCAAUUAUUAGUACAACAACAACAACAAAUGGCAGGGGGAACAGUAACGACUGGAUUGCCUACAAAUGUAAAAACUGUUAAUAACACAUUGGUAAACAACCAACAGGCCAACCAACCACAAACUACUGUUUGGCAACAGUCAGCCGUUACAGAACAAGGACAUCAACAAGCACCAGCUGCAAACAUGUCUUCUGCUCAGUUAGCUCAACUACAUCAACGUCAACAAAUACAUCAGUUAAGAUUGCAGCAACAAUUACAAAUGGAUGCUACACAGAAGCAACAGGUCAUGCAACAACAGCAGGUUGCUUCUGGUCAGCCAAUUACAGGAGUUAUGCAACAACAAAAUGUUGUGCAGCCUUCCCAAGUUGCUUCAGUUUCAACACCAAUAGCACAGAAUCAACAAACAGUACCUUUACCAGCCAAUGAUCAAACAGAAACGCCAUCUACGGGUUCAGAGGCAUUUGCUCAAACAUCUCAAACAAAUCAACAAGCAUUGGUUGUUAAUCCAAAGACUAAAACUGCUCUUGCUAAUAUGUUAAGUAUACGUUUACAAAAUGGCAUAUCAUCAUCAAGUUCAACGCAACAGAUGUCUGGCCAGGAAAUUAGUGCCGCUGGACAAUUGCGACUAAUGACUGCUCAACAUCAUGCUGCUCAACAUCAAAAUCAACCACAAGGAACUCAAGGAGCAUAUCAGUCAAGAACAGUUUUAAAUAACGUCACAAACAGUUCUCCUUCGAAUCGUGCUGCUCAAGUAGUAGGUCGAGCAUCUCUCCAAACUCCAGUAAACAAUAAAGUAAUUCCUGCAAAUUAUAACCAGUCUGCUGCUGUAAGGGUAGCAGCAGUCUUAGCUAAAAGUGCAGCAGGACAAACAGUCGGUCAUCAACAGCAACUACCUCAUCAAGCUAGAUUUUUCGGACACAAUCCUAAUCUUAAAUUACCCCCUGAUAAGUGUUUGCUUGGUUGUGUUUUCCUGAUUGUUGAGUACGAUCGAUGUGCAGAUACAAUCAAUGAUGUCCCAACUUGGAAACAAAUUAUAUUAGAUCACGGCGGUGAAAUUGAGCCUUCUUAUACAUUGCGUCUCACCCACAUUCUUUGUCAAACACAAAAACAUCCGCUUGUUCAACAGGGAUUACGAGAUGGUAAAAGAUGUAUUACAGCGUAUUGGCUUAGUGACAUAAUUACAAAACAACAACUUAUGCCCCCGUGGUAUGCUCUUCAUUUUCCUACUCCAUAUUGCGAAGAAAGGCCUUGCCGUCAAAUGAUGAUAUCCUUGACAAACUUUGAGAGCGAAGAGCGUAAUCGUGUUAAAUUCAUGAUAGAACUAACGGGUGCUCGUGUAACUUCUUAUUUUUCUGCUGAAAAUAACAUUUUAGUAAGCCGAAAAUUGGAGGGUAAAAAAGUAAAAAAAGCUAGAGAUACUAAUAGACCUGUAGUAAAUGUACAGUGGUUAAACGAAAUUCUGUUUGGUCAUUUAUCUUGUAUGUACCAGCCUGAGAAUGCUAAAUAUCAGCAAUUUAAUCUCAGUAAUCCGUUUCGAGUUGAUUAUAGCUUAGUGCAUCAUUUAAUGGGUGCUUGGAAAAUUCCGAUUAAUGUUACUCAAGAGUUGUAUGACAGAAUACGUAAUAAUCCUGUAGCUACGAAAAGAAAGCGACCGAGACCUGGUGCGGGUCUUCCAGAUUUUAUAGAUCAAGAAAAUAAUGAUUUGAGUACAGCUGACAUAAUAAUAACAAAUAUCAAUCCACCACCAAUUGAAUAUCGACCUUGUGUUAUGCUUUCUGGAUUUGGCUUGGCCAAAGAAGAACAACGAAUGGUUUUACAACUUGGUGGUACAAUAGCGAAAAAAUUUUCUGAUGCCACCCAUUUAGUAAUGAAAGAGUCUGUCCGUACAACUAAAUUUUUAUGUUGUUUGUCAACAGUCAAACACAUUGUAACUGCAGACUGGCUCAAAGAUUCGUCUACUCAACAUAUGUUUUUAGGAGAAGCUAUUUAUACUAUUGAAGAAGUUUCAGUUGAUCAGAAAGUAGUUUGUAAAGUACCUAAAAUAUUAUCAAAUUCAAGUCGUCAGGAGUUGUUCAAAGACAAAAUAUUUUAUGUAACACCUGGAGUGAAUCAUCCUCCAGCUUUUGUAGUUCGUCAAAUAAUAGAAUCUGCCGGUGGCACAGUCGAAAAACAAAGGCGAUCAUUGCGAUCCAUACAAGAAAUUGAACCCAACAUGUAUAUUGUAGUUGCUUGCAAUAACGAUCUUCAUUUGGUCGCUGAUCUUAUUCGAGCAAGUUUUGGUAUUUACUCUUCAGAAUUUGUACUUUCAGCCGUUAUGACACAACAUAUUAACUACGACAUGGCUUAUAAAAAACAAAAAAUUAAGUCUGAAAAAUAAUCAAGUUUUUCUGAGCAAAGUCUGAUAAAAUAAGGAAAUUGUAUAAUGGAUUCUCUCCUAAUUUGUUAUUAUCGUGUUUAUAGAAGUAAGAAAUAUUAUUGUUGUCCAACUUCCAGAGUUUUUACAUUAAAUUACAAAAUGUAGAAAAUUCUGUGUGUAUAUUUUAUAUUAAUUUAGGGCCUAUUAUGAUUUUAUCUAUAUUGCAUUUGUUUUAAAAUGAUAU